AUGGAUAGAAGAUGGAAACCAAAUGUAGAACUAGCUCCAAACUGUCCUCGCUGUGAUUCUUCUAAUACUAAGUUUUGUUAUUACAACAAUUACAGUUUAACACAACCUCGUUACUUUUGCAAAGGUUGUAGAAGAUAUUGGACUAAAGGUGGCUCUUUACGUAAUGUACCCAUCGGUGGAGGUUGCCGGAAGAACCGCAGAGGCAAAUCUGUAAGGAUUUCGACUAGCAGUCGUUCGUCUCCCCGGUCGACUUCGAAUCAUGAGGGUGGUGGUGAUAGUAGCGGUGGUUCGUUACAAGGUGUGAAUGGUGUUUCAAGAAAUGAGUCAUUUGGGAAUUUGGUAAAUAAUAAUGCACCACCGGUGGCUAGUAUUAUCUCAUCACAAAGGUCUGAUUCUAGUACUACUACUACUAAUGCUACUAUCGAUCUUGCAUUAGUUUAUGCAAAGUACUUGAACCAGCAACCGGAUUGUGCUAAUUCUAGGGGAUCCAUUAUUCCUACUACUACUGGUACUGAAUUGCCUAGAGAUCAUCAUCAAUUUGGUUCGUCAUUUGAGUUCCUGGAAAACCCGACUCAUCGUCUUCAUAAACCAUCAUUUCAAGAGCAAUGUAUGUUUGGUUCUUCGACAAUCGGAAGCAUAUCUAACCCAUCUCCGGGAACUCAUUUGAGCGAAACAAAGCAAGUAUGUUUAGCAAGCCACGAUCAACAACAACAACCGGAGAUGAGUGGUAAUUACAUGUUUCAAGCACCAUUACCACCGCCGUCCGAAGAUGUUAGUAGUGCUCUUCAAGAUAAUUUAUGGUUGAAUUCUCCAAAUUCCAUGUUAACGAGUUCGAGUUUCAACUGGCAAUCAACACCAACACAAUUACAAGGUUUCGAACCAAUUACCGGCGAUCAUUCAACAACAACACUCCAUUCAAAUUCAUUAGACGGUAAUUGGAACUCAUCAUUCCAUCUUCUUCCUAGUUAUGAAACUUUCCUUGGACAAUAA